GAUGCGAGCUUCCCGAUGCGUUGCCAGUCCCUGGUUAUGAUGCUCUUGCUGAUGAACAUCCUGCUAACGAGGACGUCGGACUCUGCCCCGCGGAACGAUCCGCGUUUCAAGCCCGCCAUCAACUUCUGCAAGGCGAACCUGAAGGCCAGUCAGAUGGCUUGCCAGGCCGCCAAGGAGGCAAAGGCUGCCAAUGAUGCCCAGCCGAGUGCGGGGGAGUGUGCGAGUCAGAGGGCGAAGGUCAUGCUGGCGGAGAGGGCGGCGCAGGCGGCCAGGGCCGCUCAGGCGGCACACAACGGCAAGAAGCAGCUGCUGGAGGAGCUCACCAAGAACCUGAACGAAACGCAGCGAGUUAUCGUGGAAAUCAAACGGGCCAUUGCCGCCAACACCUGCUCUGUGAAGAAAGCCGAGGGAAUCAGUGGCAAGAUUCAGCAAGUGCUGGUCGGCAUGCAACGUCUCUUCCAGGAGAUGAAGGCCAGUCUUGACCUUCUUCGGAGAGUGGCCCACAAUGCCCAGAAAGUGGUAGUGGAAAGACGAGGGUUCCUUGAAGCGGCCAAAAGACGGGUGGAGGAGAUGCACCCUUGCUUAGAUCAGGCUCGAGCUGAUCUGGAACGGAAUAGAGAGUGCGCCAAAAAGGCCAGCGCCGCAGCCAAUGAGGCCAAGCAACGGAUCGACACAGUACGGAAACUCGUGUCCAAGAUCAAGAACCUGAAGCGAAAGGAUCUCCUGUCCUUGAAAAAGAUACUUCGCAGAAGAAGGAGUAGGAGCAGUCAGGCGCAAACACACCUGAGUUGAAUGUUUUGUUCAUGGCAAUAAACAUGUUUAUAUUUUGU